AUGCACUUCACAAAGCUCUCCCUGGCCUUCGGCCUCAUCUUGUCGGCUGGCUCCGUUUUGGCACGGGAUGCCGGAGGAGCGGCGGUGCAACGACGUCAUGUGGGCAGCAUGGCCAGCGCUGCAAAGCUUCAGGUUCGGGAGCCCCAGGACGAGAACAACCCGCAACCACCUGCCCGUGCGGGUGAGAUCCUCCGAGGAGUCGCAAAGAAGAACAGGAACGGCAAGGGGAAGAAGAAAAAGAACACCGCCGCCGCUGGGAAGGCCAAGAAGAACAACGCGGACCCCAACGCCGGCUUCACCUUUGACCCUACCAAUUCCGAGGGGAAUGGGUUCAUCCCAGGGCUCACCGUCAAACGAGCCAACAACGCCGACCCCAAUGCCGGCUUUACUUUCGACCCCACGAACUCGGAGGGAAAUGGGGCCAACGCCUUGAAGUCCAACACCGGCAACCGUAAGAAGAACAAGGGCAAAACCGCCGCCACUGCUGCUGGGAAAGGCAAAGGCAAAAAGAAGAACAACGGGAAGGCAAAGAAGAACAAUGGGAAGGCGAAGAAGAAUAACGCUGCCACUGGGAAGGCCAAGAAGAACAACGCCGAUCCCAAUGCAGGCUUCACCUUCGACCCUACCAACUCCGAGGGGAACGGAUUCAUCCCUGGACUUACUUCUUAA